AUGAGCGGUACCGCCGUCGAUGCCGAUGGUCUUAUUGAGGGCAACUAUGAACAAGUUGUGGCGAGUUUUGAUGAGAUGAAUUUGAAGCAGAAUCUUCUGAGAGGAAUUUAUGCAUUCGGUUUCGAAAAGCCGUCUGCCAUCCAGCAGCGUGCAAUUGUGCCUUGCACUACUGGUCGUGACGUCAUUGCACAGGCUCAGUCUGGUACAGGAAAAACUGCUACUUUUUCCAUCUCCAUCCUUCAGCGCAUAGACGAAAAUGAACCCAGUGUCCAGGCUCUCGUCAUGGCUCCCACUCGUGAAUUGGCUCAGCAGAUCCAGAAAGUUAUGUGCGCUCUCGGAGACUACAUGAAUAUCAAAGUGCACGCCUGCAUUGGAGGAACAAGUAUUCGCGAUGAUCAGCGCAAGUUGGAGAGUGGAGUGCAUGUCGUUGUGGGAACCCCCGGUCGUGUAAACGAUAUGAUCAAUCGCAAUGUACUACAGACGAAUCGUAUAACAAUGUUUGUGCUGGAUGAAGCUGAUGAGAUGCUUUCGCGUGGUUUCAAGGAUCAGAUCUACGAGGUGUUCAAGACUUUACCGCAGGAGGUUCAGGUUGUGCUGUUGUCGGCUACUAUGCCUGCCGAUGUACUUGAUGUAACUAAUCGUUUUAUGAGAAAUCCGAUCCGUAUUCUUGUGAAGAAAGAAGAGCUUACCCUCGAGGGUAUCCGUCAAUUCUAUAUAAACGUGCAAAAGGAUGAAUACAAGUUUGAAACCCUCUGCGAUCUUUACGAUGCUGUGAAUGUGGAACAGCUGACCGAGCAAAUGACUAAGAAACAGUUCACCGUAUCCAGCUUGCACGGAGAUAUGGAACAGCAAGACAGAGACGUUAUCAUGCGCGAAUUCCGGUCCGGAUCUUCCCGUGUUCUUAUUACAACCGAUCUGCUCGCUCGUGGUAUUGAUGUCCAGCAGGUGUCUCUUGUCAUAAACUAUGAUUUGCCGUCAAACCGAGAAAACUACAUUCAUCGUAUUGGUCGUUCGGGACGUUUCGGAAGGAAAGGAGUUGCCAUCAAUUUCAUCACCGAAAAUGAUGCACGUCAGCUAAAAGAUAUUGAGCAAUUCUAUAAUACUAUCAUUGAAGAAAUGCCCGCUGCAAUUACUGAUCUUCUUUGA